AUAUUUGAAAGACAAACCAUACCUGAAAGAAUGAAAACAACUUGUAAGAGAACACAUUUUGAGCAAAAUCCAAACAUUGAUCAGGAGAAUGUUACAUUUGAUGUAAAAGGAGCUUCUGAUAUAGAUGAAUCUAUUAAAGGACAAGACAUCGAUAUUCUAUUCUCUAGCUAUACAAGUGAAUCUCAAAGCAGUAACUCAUCCGAUGAAGCCAAUGAAGAAUAUGCAGCAUCCGAUCUGUCAGACAUGAUGGAAGUUAAUGCUGAUGAUUGUGUUGAAUACAAUGCUCUACUUACCAGAAUACCUAGUGAUCCCGAAGAUGUGAUCAAGAAUUUCCAUCAGAAGAAUAUGCGCACAUGUUAA